AUGCCUGGAAGGCUGUGGUUAAAGGCCAUUUUUGCUUGUUAUAAGCAGGAUCUCUGGAGCCAGAAGGGGCAUAUAGCUCUUUUUAAAAGGGAAGGGGAAGAAGGUGUUCGUGCUCAAGGUAAAACUGAAUUCUAUCUAGAUGAGAGAUGUACUUACGUGUACAAAGCAAAGAACACAGUAACUCCUGGUAGAAAACCAAACAAAGCCAGAAUAAUCUGGAGAAAGGUAACUCUCAGCCAUGGCAAGAGUAGCAGGGUUUGUGCCAAAUUCCAAAGCAACUUUCCUGCUAAAGCCAUUGGAUACAGAAUCCAUACGAUGCUAUAUCAAUCAAGGAUUUAA